CAUCUGUCAUAAAGUUUACAAAAAAUAAAUUGUGAGUUGAAUUGAAAGCCAUUGUAAUGACUGAAUCGUUUGAUCGCAACGAACUGAUCGGCCAAAGCAUAGCCAACAAUAAGUAUGUAUUGACUGAAUACAUAGAUUCCGGUUCUUUCAGUUAUAUAUUCAAAGUAAAAGAGAGAAACUCAUCCAACAAUUUAGUGGUCAAACUGGAGUCGUUUGAAACAAAUAGUCCACAAUUGGGUCACGAGUUUGCCAUUUAUCAGUUGUUAAGAUAUCAAUGCAGUCAUCAAUCAAUACCAAAGACAUACUUUUUCGGCGAAUUUCUCACAUAUAAAGCUCUUAUAUUAGAAGAGUUGGGUCCAAACAUUGCUACAGUUUUUAAUAAUUGUAACAAAAAAUUUACUGUUAAAACAAUAACCCUUUUGGCCAUUCAAAUGAUGAAAAUCUUUGAAUACGUUCACAGCAGACGUGUUAUUUACAGAGAUGUCAAACCAGAAAACUUGUUAUUAGGUCUGUCCAACACAAGUGCCAAAAAUAUACUACAUUUGAUAGACUUUGGUUUAGCUAAAGAGUAUAUCGAUAUAAAUGGUGAACACAUACCAUAUAAAGAGGGCGUCGGUAUGAACGGUACGGCCAGAUAUAUGAGUAUCAAUACUCACUUAUAUCAGGAACAAAGUCGUAGGGAUGACAUGGAAGCCAUCGGAUAUUUACUAAUAUAUCUGUUAAGAGGACAUUUGCCGUGGAGUGGACUCAAUAUUGACGAAACCAUUGAUCGCUUUGCAAAGAUUGGAGAAAUUAAACAAAACACAAGUCUUGAAACUCUCUGCGAUGGCUUUCCUCAUGAGUUUUGUCUUUAUCUACAAACUGUUCGUUCACUUAAUUUCACUGAAGAACCAAAUUAUAAGUCUUUAAUCGCUAUGUUUGAACAAUUACUGACCAAAAUGGGAGUCACUAAUGAUAAUAUGUAUGACUGGAAUGACCCGACUAUUAAAAACGAAAUUUUAAACAAAAGUUCAAAAAAUAUUUCUAAGUCUGUCUCAAAAAUAACUCUUAAAGACCAAAAUAAUUGA